UAAUAUCCACCGAAAUUAUCCGAAUUAUCGAUCAGGAGCAGGACAAAGGUCAUUCGACUUUCUGGCCAAUCUUAGGCUUAGAGGCGGGGGAUAGAAAAUGUGCAAGAUGAUACAUAUGUGCUCCAGUUGCUGUGAGGAGAACUCGAAGUCAGCAGAGGAAGUCUAGCAGGGAAAAUACUUUUUUUUUUUAAAUGUAUUUAUUUUAAAGAUGGUUUCAAUUAAAUCUCCGUCUUUGGUGCCGGUGUCCCGAGCACAGGCUCUGCUCGGCGCAUUCUGCUUGACUGUCGCCUUCCUCUUUUUCCUCCUGGUUCGCCAACUCGUCAAACAGAGACGACCCCCGGGCUUUCCUCCUGGUCCAUCUCCCAUCCCUGUGAUAGGGAACAUUCUGUCUCUAGCCACCGAGCCGCACGUCUUCCUCAAGAAGCAGAGUGAAGUUCAUGGACAGAUUUUCAGUAUUGACCUGGGAGGCAUCUUGACUGUGGUAUUAAAUGGAUAUGACUGUGUCAGGGAGUGCCUUUACCAUCAGAGCGAGGUGUUCGCAGAUCGCCCGUCGCUGCCCUUAUUCAAGAAAAUGACCAAAAUGGGCGGGCUUCUCAAUUGUAAAUACGGCAAAGGAUGGAUUGAGCACAGAAAACUUGCUUGCAACUCUUUCCGUUACUUCGGCAGUGGCCAGAGACUGUUUGAGAGGAAGAUCUCAGAGGAGUGCAUGUUCUUUGUCGAUGCCAUUGACGAACAUAAGGGAAAGCCGUUCAACCCCAAACACCUGGUAACCAACGCCGUGUCCAACAUCACCAACCUGAUCAUUUUCGGACAGCGUUUCACUUACGACGACCGCAACUUCCAGCACAUGAUUGAGAUCUUCAGUGAAAACGUGGAGCUGGCGGUGAGCGGCUGGGCCCUCCUCUACAAUGCCUUCCCUUGGAUUGAGUAUGUGCCCUUUGGAAAACACCAGAAGCUGUUCCGCAAUGCAGCUGAGGUGUAUGACUUCUUACUGCAGGUUAUAAAAUGUUUUUCACAGGGCAGGGUGCCACAUGCACCUCGCCACUAUGUUGAUGCCUAUUUGGAUGAGUUGGAGCAGAAUGCAGGAGACCCCAGUUCCUCUUUUUCCUAUGAAAACCUCAUCUAUUCAGUGGGCGAGCUCAUUAUUGCUGGCACAGAGACCACGACUAACACCCUGCGAUGGGCCAUGCUGUACAUGGCUCUCUACCCCAACAUACAAGAGAGGGUGCACAGGGAGAUCGACAGUGUGCUGGCCAAUGGGAGGGCGCCCACUUUGGAGGACAAACAGAAGAUGCCGUACGUGGAGGCUGUUCUGCACGAGGUCCUUCGCUUCUGCAACAUCGUCCCACUCGGUAUUUUCCGUGCUACUUCCCAGGAUGCAAACGUCAACGGGUACACCAUUCCCAAAGGCACCAUGGUGAUCACAAACCUCUACUCAGUGCACUUUGAUGAGAAGUACUGGAACGAUCCAGGAGUUUUUUCACCACAGAGGUUUCUGGACAGCAAUGGCAACUUUGUGAGGCGUGAAGCUUUCCUGCCAUUCUCUUUGGGGAGGCGUCAGUGUCUGGGUGAACAGCUGGCCAGGAUGGAGAUGUUCCUCUUCUUCACCACUUUGUUGCAGAGGUUUCAUUUCCAGUUCCCACCAGGAACCGUUCCCACUGUCACUCCCAAACUGGGCAUGACCUUACAGCCUAAACCUUACUCUAUCUGUGCAGUCCGCAGGCAGCAGAAAAGUCCCUGCUCUGGAGACACUCCUUAUCACAAGUAGGCAAGCAAGCAUUUAUUACAGCUUGUUCAGCAGUUCAAGCUAGAAUUUUACUAUUUUGCACAGUAAUGCAAACACAUGAUACAUGUGCGUAAAACUGUAUCACUCUGGAUUCUAUCAUCCAGUUUCAGGUGCAUUACAGUUUUUCCAGUGGCAAAAGUAGCUCUUUGGACAUGGUCUGGACAUGUGAUCCAGUUUUUUCCAGUUUAGUAUUGAAUUGUUUUACUGAGCAAAAUGCAUGUUUGCACAGUCCUUUAAAGCAGCAGGGGAGGUGAAAGACUCUACGCUUAAAGGACAUCCUCGGAACACAUGUGUGCUAUUGAUUUAGCUGCUCUGAGCCCAGACAAUGAAAUGUCUAUGAACCUUGGUGCCGUAGCAGGGGGUUAGGUAUAUUGUAAGUUAAUGAUUGAUAGUAAGUACACCUAUGAUGGUUCAUAGCCCUGCCUUUCCAGGACAGCUCCAGGUCAGAAAAGUGACACGGCUUAAUCGUACGUGUGAGGCGAAAUCGAACUUUCCAAGAAAGUUCUGAACUGUGUGUUGGAGCUGGACGCGGGCCAAGACUUAUGUCAUCUGGAAUGACUCUGACUCUGACCUCUUCUCCGGGGAAAGGACUCAACAGAAAAAAAAUGCAAUCCUGGUGGAUUUCUAGAAACAACAACACUGGUUUCUGCUAAAUGGUGCUUAUCAGUACUGACAAAGUACUAUAUCUAUGUUUGAGGUUUUUUGCAAUAGGUGUGAGUUUUUUGUGUUAAUAAAAGUCUUUCUUAAGAUAUUGGAAGCAUGCCCUGUCUUCUUUUAGCUAUUGCCAAAACCCAACUGUGAAAUGUACAAAGACAUCUCAUAUAUAAUACUGUUAUCCACAUAUUAU